AUGGGGGAAACUAUAGUGAUUGAUGGGCAUGAGUUUGAUGUUGAUUUGAUUGCUUUUGAUAUGCCUGAUUUUGAUAUGAUUUUGGGAAUGGACUUCCUGAGCAAAUAUGGAGUAUUCAUAGACUUGAGGGCAAUGAAGAUGAUAAGGAAGGGUUGUACAGGGUACAUAGCUAAUGUGGUGAAUAAAGAAAAGUUUCUAGACUUUGGUGUUUGGGAUGUACCCAUAGUACAAGAAUUCGAAGAUGUAUUUCCAGAAGAUUUGCUAGGACUUCCUCCAGAAAGAGAAGUGGAGUUUUGUAUAGAGUUAGCUCUUGGCAUGGCACCAAUAUCUAAAGCCCCGUAUAGAAUGGCUCUAGCAGAGUUACAAGAGUUAAAGAAGCAACUUCAGGAGUUGUUGGAUAAAUGUUUCAUUCGACCCAGUCAUUCUCCAUGA